AUUGGCUUCCAUUGGUAGGUUACCCAUAAGUAGCUGACAAUUUGAUAUAAUGGAAGAACAAGAUCGAACCAAUGUUGAUCCAACCCCCUUGUUUCGAGCACCACCACCGAGAAUGCAAUCUUUGGAUGACAUAGCAGUAUCACCGUCACCAUCCCAACCGUGUCAAUCAUCUGUGAAUUCUUGUCAAGAAAUUUACACUCCUCAAGUUAAAAAUGAAGUGAUACCGAAAAUUGACCAACAAUUUCUCAAAUUAGACGACGUUUGGGAAUUUUACAACAAGUAUGCUAGACAAGCUAGAUUUAGUGUCCGAAUCAAUUCUAGUAGGUUGGGUGAGAAUGGUAAAGUAAUGAGGAAGGAGUACGUUUGUUUUAAAGAAGGGGAGAGGAGAAAUUCUAAGGCCACUAAACAGCGUCGGGGUUUAACUAGAGACAAAUGUGGUGCAAAACUUGCUGUCGUGAGAAAAGGUGAAGUGUUUGUUGUAUCAAAAUUUGUCGAGAGUCAUAACCAUGAGCUUACAACUCCAAGAAAGGUGCAUUUGUUAAAAUCUCAUCGCCAAGUAUUAGCUGCACAAAAAGCUUUAACGGAACAAUUAUCAGCUGCUAAUGUACCAACUUGCCAACAAAUGAGUAUUUUUGAGUUGCAAGCGGGGGGUAUUGAAAAUGUUGGAUUUUUACCACGAGAUCUUUACAAUGAUAAAAGAGAUAGGAAGAAUGUAGUACAUGGUCAUGACGCGAAUAUGUUGUAUGAGCACUUCGAGAUGGAACAACAAAAGAAUCUGGGCUUUAGGUUCACAUUCGAGAGAGAUGAAAAGGAUAGAAUGACUCAUUGUUUUUGGGAGGAUGCCACCUCUAGAAAGUCAUAUCAAUAUUUUGGGGACGUGGUAGUUUUUGAUACUACGUACUACACAAACAAAUAUUCUUUGAUAUUUGCACCUAUAUUGGGGGUCAACCACCACAAACAGACAACACUUCUUGGGUGUGCAUUCUUGAGUGAUGAAAAAACUGAUUCAUUUUUGUGGCUCUUCAAUGAAUGGUUAAAAGCGAUGCCAGGUGGACCACCCAAAUUGAUCAUAACUGAUCAAGAUCCGACAAUGACAAGAGCAAUUGCUUCUGCUCUUCCAAAUACGUUUCAUCGAUAUUGUAUUUGGCACAUUGUGAGCAAAUUUUCUGAAAAAAUGGGUGCACUGUUGUAUAAGGAACAUUAUGAUGAGUUGAAGAAUUGUAUAUGA